AUGCGACAGAGUACGCAGCAGGAGGCCCUUGGGGGCCCCAAUACUCCUGCUGCUCUAUCAGCAAAAUUAACACCAAUGAGUGCGCAGCAGCUAACGCAGCAGCAUUUGCUGCAGCAGCAAGCGCUGCAGCAGCAGCUGCUGCUACAGAGACAGCAGCAGCAGCAGCAGCUUAUCGUGCAGCAGCAUCAUCAGAGACUGCAGCAGCAGCAUGCGCUGCAUAGGCAGCAGCAGCUAAUGUUAGCACAAGCACAAGGCCACCCACAGGCUGCUGCGCUGCUGGCGCUGCAGCAGCAGCAGCAGCAGCAGCAAGCCGUCUCGACAGCAGCAGCAUUUGCUGCUGCUAGUCUAGGGGGUGGUAAUGGUGCAGCAGCAGCAGCUGCUGCAGCUGCUGCAGCACGUGCUCGUGCUGCUGUUGAUACUGCUAUGCAGCAGCAGCUGCAGGAGCAGCUCGUGCGACUGCAGCAGCAGCGCGACCAUCAAUUCCUAGAGCAGCAGCAGCAGCAAAUGCUGCAGCAGCAUCGGCAGCAGCAGCACGCACAAACAGCAGAUGCUUGGCGCCUAUUCGCAGGCGCAGGAGGGAGAGCCGCAGCCCUCAGCUUUGCGGCGCAUCAGCAGACAGCAGCUGCGCAGCAGCAGCAAGCAGCUGCAGCAGCAGCAGCUGCUGCUGCUAUGGGCGAUGGUACAGCAGCAAAGGUUCCUGGACCAGCAGCAACAACAGCAGCAGCAACAGCAGCAGCAGCAGCUGCUGCAUCUGUCCCAAUGGAUGUUACUUCCGUACCGGGUGCUGCACCUGCGGAGGUUCAAGACACAGCAGCAGCAGCUGCAGCAGCAGCUGCUGCAGCAGCAGCAGCAGCAGCAGCAACAGGAGCACCAGGAGGUGUUCGGGAUCCGGUGUCAGCAUGUGCUGCUUCUGUUGCUCCUCCAACAGCAGCAGCAGCAGCAGCACCAAUAGCAGCAGGACCAGCAGCAGGAGUAAUCGGUCCCGCUGCAACUCCUGCAGCAGCAGCAGCAGGAGCAGGAGCAGCACAACGAGUACCACCAGCAACAGCAGCAACAAAUGCAGCUAUGGCAGCAGCAGCUGCAACUGCUGCACCUCCAGUAGGACCUGCAGUUGCUGCUGGUCCUACAGCAGCACCAACAGCACCAGGAGGAGCAGCACCAGCAGCACCGGGUGCAGCAGCAGCAGCAGCAGCAGCAGCAGCAACAGCAGCAGCACCGGGUCUAGGACUUGCAGCAUGUGGAGACACAACAGCAGCUCGCAGCAGCAGCAGCAGCACCGCCACUACCACAACAACCCCAACAACAACAACAACAACAACAACAACAACAACAAGCAACAACAACAACAACAACAACAACAACAGCAGCAGCAGCAGCAGUGCAGCAGCACGUAGCCGCAGCAGCCGCAGCACAGCAGCAAAAAGUGGUGGUGUAUGCUCUCGUCGUGUAGGUCGUCCUGUACGUCGUGGUCAAGGAGGUAACAGCAGCAGCAGCAGCAGCAGCAGCAAUACAACAACAACAACAACAACAACAACAACAGGAACAACAACAACAGGAACAAAUAAUAAUAAUAAUAGUACAGUAGGUGGUGGUGGUGGUGUAUCAUCAGUAGCAGCACGUGAUGCGGAAGCAGCAGCAGCAGCAGCAGCAGCAGCAGGAGCUGGGAUCGAUAAUAAGGGAUCGUCUCCGGAGACGAUCCCACAGCAACCCCGUCGUAUACCUGCAGAUGCCUUUCGUGUACCCACCGUACCUGAUGAGGAUUAUUUCUCUACUGUACCUGGAUGUUAUUAUCAUUUCGGAAAAAGAGAAUGGCGUGUAGUAUAUAGAGAUCCACAGAAUGAAUCAAAAAGAAGACAAAAAACACAUUCAAUUAAAAAGUAUGGAUUCUAUGCCGCAAGGUCUAAGGCAGAGGAUCUAAGAAUUGAGCUAGAAAAAAUUAAUGGAUGGCCGUUGACUGUACCACCAGCAAAGAAGACAGAUACAGCAGCAACACGUUUUAUUAACUUUGAUAAGACAGACAAGGAUACAACAACAGCAGCAGCAGCAACAGCAGCAGCAGCAGCAACAGCAGCAGCAAAUAAUAAUAAUAAUAAUAAUUCUCCUGAUGCAGAAGGAGAUGAUGAUAGGACACCAUCUGCUGCAGCAACUGCAGCAACAGCAGCAGGAAAUUCAGGUGGAUCCGCUCGCUCCUCUUCACGUAGGGCUAAUAAGAAUCGACAGCAGCAGCAGCAGCAACAACAACAGCAGCAGCAACAACAACAACAACAGCAACAACAAGAAACUGAUGCUGCUCAUACACCUGCAAAUGCGUCUGCAGCCCAACAGGCAACACCUGCUGCUACGGGUGCUCCAACUGCAGCAACUGCAGCAACUGCAGCAACUGCAGCAGUAACAGCAAAUUCCCCAAGAGGUGCAGCAAGUGCAAGGAGGGGUACGUGGGAAGCUAAGGGAAUAACUAGGACAAAACAAGAAACAGCAGCAGCAACUGCUGCUGCUGCUGCUGGUAGUGGUGGUAGUACUGGAGAUUUCCCUGCUGCAGCAGACGCAGCAGAUGGAUCACGAGCUGCUGCUUCCGUCAGCACAAGAAGGAAGCGGCGCAUGCAGCAGCAGCAACAGCAACAACAACAGCAACAGCAGCAACAGCAACAACAGCAGCAGGUUUCAUCCGUUGUUGAUCACACAAUGAAUGAUCCAACUGCUGCUGCUGCAGAUCCUGCUGGGGCAAUGGCUAAUGCUGCUGCUGCUGCUGCUGCUGCUGCAGCUGCAGCAGCAGCAGCAGCACAGACGCUAAGAACUGGGCCUGAGGGAGACCUCCAAGGGAUCUCCUUUUUCUCGGGUCCUGCAGAGUUGUUGCCUACAGCAGCAGCAGAAGCACUGCAGCAGCAGCAGCAGCAGGAGGGUUCUCUAGUAGGUGUCGACGGCAGCGGCAGCAGCACCACCACCAACGCAGAUGCAGCAGCAGCAGCUGCAGCAGCAGCAGCAGCAGCAGCAGCAACAGGGAAACAAAGGGAAGAAGAUAGUUUUUUAUUAGAUGGAUUAGCUGCUGCAACAUUAGCAGCAGAUGGUCCAUUAACCCCUCGCUGGGGUCUGCUGCAGUCCUGUGACAGCGACGAGGUGCAGCAGCAGCAGCAACAGCAACAGCAGCAGCAGCAGCAGCGGGAAGGAUCCUUCAGGCCAGGAGAAAGAUCAUUAGGUUGUGUUGCAUCUCCUUCUUGUUUUUUCUCUAAAUCUGGUGGCCGCAGCAGCAAUACCAGCAACAACAGCAGCAGCAGCAACACAUGCUGCAGCAGCAGCAGCAGCACCAAUGGCAGCAGCAGCAGCAAAGGAGAUGCUGCUUCCCAUUACCUGCUGUCUCCUCCUGCUUCCUUAUUUGCUGCUGCUUCCCCCCUUAGCAGUUUGCUGCCUAGCUUAGGUGGUCGUCGCAGCGCAACAGAUGGUGCUGCUGCUGCUGCAGCAGGAGAGGGUCCAUCUGCUGCUGCUGCUGCUGCAGCAGCAGCAGCAGCAGGACUUGAAUGGCAGCAAGGACAGACAUCAGGACUACACGAAGCCUUAUUAAACUUUGUCUAUUUACCUUCUUGUCCUCCUACCCCCUUGCUGUCCUCUGCUCCUCUCUCCUUGCUGCUGGAUGCUGUUGAGCCGCAGCAGCAGCAGCAAGAGGGUCCUCCUGCAGCAGCAGCAGCAGCAGGUAGUAGCAAUAGCACCAACAACGCUAGCAACAGUGGUAACUGCAGAAAUCCUGCUGCUGCUGCUGCUGCUGCUGCGCAACGAGCUGCUGUUAUGUCUCCUGCUGCAGCUGCUGCAGGAGGGGGAUCAAUAUUAAAGGCUGCUUCUGCUUCUACUGCAGCAGCAGCAGCAGCAGCAGCAGCUGCUGCUGCUGCUGCAGGUAGAGGAUUGGAUGAGGAAGGUGUGCUGAGGCUAACAAGGAGCAGCAGCAACAGCAGCACGCAGCAGCUUCCUGCUGCACUGUCUGCGUUGCUGUCUCCUGCUGCUAGCUUUGAUAGAGAAGAGACAGCAGCAGAGAGACAGAGAGAUGCAGCAGCAGCAGCAGGAGCAGCAGCAGAUGAGUUAUUACUCCGUAGCAGCAGCAGCGGUUGCAGCAGCAGCAGCAGCAGACAGCAACAACAUUGUGAUGGUGCUGGUAGUGUAGCUGUGUCUCCAAUAUGUAUGAGCAGCAGCAGCAGCAACAGCAGCAACAGCAGCAACAGCAGCAACAACAGCAGCAUAAGUGGUACAGUUGUACCGCGUGUCUCGGGUGUACAAAACAGCAGCAGCAACAGCAGCAGCAAAUGCAGCAGCAGCAGCAACAACAACAACAACAGCAAAGGAUUAUCUACUCCCCUAUGGUUAUCCCUCAUGAAUGGUAAUACUAUAGGGUGGGGGGGCCCCUCCUCUAUAAGGAGGGGCCCCUCCCCGUCCCCUUUGCUGCAGCUGUCCUCCUUUGAUUUGCUGCUGUCUCCUCCGUGUCUCCUUAAGACAAGAGGAGCAGCAGAGGAUGCUGCUGUUGGUCUAUUAGCUCCCUUGACGCCACCGCAGCAGCAGGCACAGGAAGCAGCAGCAGGGAGCAGUAUAAGCAGCAGCAGCAGCAGCAGCAGCAACAGCAGCAGCAGCAGCAGCAGCAACUGGGGUGCAGCACUCGAGCUCGCCUCCCCCUUCCAGCAUAUUAAUGAGGAGGCGUUGCUGCCAUUGAGUAGCCGCAGCAGCCAUCCAUGGGAUAAGGGAUCUAAUUUAUCUCUUGCUGCUGCUGCUGCUGCUGCAGCAGCAGCAGCAGCAGCUAAAGAUCUACCACCACACAGCGGAACUAAUAAUACCUGCGGUAAUGCAGCAGCAACAGGAACAGCAGCAGCAGCAACAGCAGCAACAGGAGCAGCAGGUCAACAACAAUCUCCUGCAGCAGCAGCAGCAGGCCAGAAUGAGGCCAAUAGUGCUGCAGCAGCUGCAGCAGCAGCAGCAGCAGCUGCUGCUGCUGCUGCAGAAGCAGAUGGUGCCAAUACUAUAUUAAGUAGGAUUAGGCGGCAUCUGCUGCCUAUAGAAGCAAAAGAAUCAACAGCUUGCUGCGGCUUAACACAACUGCAGCAGCAGCAGCAAGAGCAGCAGCAGCAGCAGCAACUGCAGCAGCAGCAGCUAAAUGAUGUGAGGAAUUGCUUCUAA